UAUACCGAGAGAAUUUAAAGCAGUACAAAUUUCUCUUAAGAUCACUCUUUAAUAUUAACUCCCACUCAAGUAUCAGCUUCUGAUCACACGUGACAAAUAUACAAGCUAGCUAGCCCCUGGGUGGCUGGCUGGCUAGCUAGCUUGAAUAUUUAGCCAGCCAGCGGCUAGCUAGCUACCAUGAACAGCUAACAUAGCAGUGGAAAGAAAAAUCGAAACUUUAAUACGUGCUAAAUUGUUUGGUCUUUCGGAGGCAAAAACUUUCAGUGGCGACAGGAAUGAAGUCGAUUAAGCUCCGCCGAUGACAUCAAGGACACGGCGACGGUUCCACCGAGAUUCAAACGGUACUGCUUUUGCUCCGCUGCUGCUUCGAGGCGUCAGGGAAAUUCCUGGUCAAAGCUGACGCGUUAUUCUGUGACUCACUUUCCCGGAGGAGCGCGGCUCAGCGCCGCGGGCGACAACGGACGUCCUCUUCGGAGCCAAGCGAAAGUCUUCAGUCCGAGGGUGUUGCUUGCUUCUCAAGCCAGCAGCGCCUCACUCGCCAAAACGCAAGACGGACGGGACCAUUAUUGGAUGUUUAUCACGUUCUGGCCCUUUUAUUUAUUGGUCCGACGGCAGAACAUGAAGGUCCGCAUCAACGCCACAGGUGACACCAUCGUGAUGAAGUUUGUCCGUCCCAACGCCGACACCAAGCUGGAGGGCUACAUCCUGGGCUACGGCAGCAGCAUGUUCUCCAAACAAUUCAUCCCGCUACCGGAGAACGGGAAACCUUACGAGACCGAAUUUGACGCGGAGCCCAAGUACCUUAUCGCCGUCCAGCCCAUCCCAACCAACGAUGUCAAAAAGCAUUGCACGGGAAAAGUGGAACUAGAGAAGCCACUCCACCUGGUCAUCGGGUCAGUAACGCCCACCUCGGUUCUGCUCUCCUGGGGGACCCUACUGAAGACCCCCUACGAAGGGAACAUCAUGAACGACUGUCUUGAGGAUGGACACUACACCGUGCGUUACCGGGAGAGGAACAGGAAGUGGAACUACCAGACCUGCCCGACCAGCGACACGGUCAUCGACAAUCUGAAGCCCAACGCGGUUUACGAGUUCGGCGUCCAGCCCAGCUCCAAGGACAGGACCGGCUCGUGGAGCAAGCCCGUCAUCCACAACAUCAGUUCGGCGGGCAUUCAAGAGAAAGUCAUUCGGAAAAUCUUCAAACGUCCCAUGAGCCCCGUGAAACCCCUAACGCAAGGUCCUCACCUCCCCUUUACUCCUCGUCACGCUCCCCACAGUAGGACGCAGAGCAGAAUCCCCAACUCCCGCCACAUAACCCCAAAGCCAACACUCGCUCCCACCACAACUACUAGACAGGAAGCUCUGUCUACCCCCGGACCAGCGGCACCUGUGACUCCCAAACAGCCAAUUGGAGGAAGCCUCUCCAAAACUCUCCUUUCUCCUUUCUAUGAGGUCCCCUUAGUCCCUAAUCUCCAAUUUCCACUUCAGAUUACAGCUCCAAUGGCUUCUGUAUCAGUCCCACGGCAAAAUGGUGGAAAAUCCCAAAGUCAUCCCCCACUUCCGUUAAACCUCCACCAACCGCCAACACAAUCCAAGCCCAGACCGCAACAACCCCAAUCGGGUUCUCAGCCGACAGGCCACUUUCUUCAACAUCAGUUAACAGCCCAGCCUAUACCCCAGAGCGAAUCAUAUCCAGAUCUCGAGUUAGAGGUGCAUGCUACAACACGUAACCCAAUUCCAACACGCUACCCUCAAACAUCCCAAGCUACACCCGAAGUAGAACCCCAGUCACAAACCAGAUCAACACCCAAGGUCCAGAUAAAAUUGGAAACUCAGACAGAGUCACAACCACCCUUAUCACAGCCUCUAACCACAAGUCAGCCUGAACCGAGACAUGAUCCAAUAACACGUUUUAUGCACCCAGUACAAGUGACAGCAAAGCCUGCGGAUGAGGCGCUUCCAAAAACCUCUCAAUCAACCAAACGUAAACCUCGGAAACAAAACAUUCAAACAAUGCCUCACAUUCAAGCUAAACAACCAUCUCAUCAUAAAACAUCCCAAGCUGCACCCAAAGCAAAACCCCAGUCACAAACUAGAUCAACACCCAAAGUCCAGAUAAAAUUGAAAACUCAGACAGAACCGCAAACCCUUUCACAGCCUCAAACCACAAGCCAGCCAGGAACCCAUUUUAUGCACCCAAUACAAGUGACAACAAACCUUACGGAUGAGGCACAUCCAAAAACCUCUCAAUCAACCAAACGUCAACCUCAGAAACAAAACAUUCAAACAAUGCCUCACAUUCUAGCUAAACAACCAUCUCAUCAUAAAACAUCCCAAGCUGCACCCAAAGCAAAACCCCAGUCACAAACUAGAUCAACACCUAAAGUCCAGAUAAAAUUGAAAACUCAGACAGAGCCGCAACCCCUUUCACAGCCUCAAACCACAAGCCAGCCAGGAACCCAUUUUAUGCACCCAAUACAAGUGACAACAAACCUUGCGGAUGAGGCGCAUCCAAAAACCUCUCAAUCGACUAAACGUCAACCUCAAAAGCAUCAAAUCCAAACGAUGCCUCACAUUCUAGCUAAACAACCAUCACGCCAUCAAACAUCCCAAGCUACACCCAAAGCAAAACCCCAGUCACAAACCAGAUCAACACCUAAAGUCCAGAUAAAAUUGAAAACUCAGACAGAGCCGCAACCCCUUUCACAGCCUCAAACCACAAGCCAGCCAGGAACCCAUUUUAUGCACCCAUUACAAGUAACAGCAAAGCCUGCGGAUGAGGCACUUCCAAAAACCUCUCAAUCAACUAAACGUCAACCUCAAAAGCAUCAAAUCCAAACGAUGCCUCACAUUCUAGCUAAACAACCAUCACGCCAUCAAACAUCCCAAGCUACACCCAAAGCAGAACCCCAGUCACAAACCAGAUCAACACCCAAGGUCCAGAUAAAAUUGGAAACUCAAACAGAGCCGCAACCCCUUUCACAGCCUCAAACCACAAGUCAGGCUGAUCCGAGACAGUAUCCAAGAACACAUUUUCUGCAACCGUUACAAGUAACAGCAAAGCCUGCGGAUGAGGCACGUCCAAAAACCUCUCAAUCAACCAAACGUCAACCUCAGAAACAAAAAAUUCAAACAAUGCCUCACGUUCUAGCUAAACAACCAUCUCGCCAUCAAACAUCCCAAGCUACACCCAAAGCAAAACCCCGGUCACAAACCAGAUUAACACCCAAGGUCCAGAUAAAAUUGAAAACUCAGACAGAGCCGCAACCCCUUUCAGAGCCUCAGACCACAAGUCAGCCUGAUUCGAGACAGUAUCCAAGAACCCAUUUUCUGCAACCGUUACAAGUAACAACAAAGCCUGCGGAUGAGGCACAUCCAAAAACCUCUCAGUCAACUAAACGUCAACCUCAGAAGCAACAAAUUCAAACGAUGUCUCACAUUCUACCUAAACAAUCAUCUCAAUCAAUUGAGCCACAAAUCAAAACAUCCGAAUCAACGAUCCAUUUUGAGACAACAUUCCAGCCUUUCACUCAACUAACAACCACUACGCAGCCUCAUCCGAGCCCCCAAAAACAUUCUAACGUGCAAUCAACGUCAAAACCAAGGACUCAUUCUUUAAUCCACAUGACGCGACCUGUAGUUGAGAAAAUGGCCCGGCCUCAAACACAGCCAGGUCAGCAAGCCAAGUCUCAAAACCAACCCGUCGCCGGACAGCAUAAUAUGAACCAAUCUCAACCUUUCGGUAUGGUCCAGCCACAGCCACAGCCCCAGCCCCAGUCUCAUCUUUUGUCCGACACCCUACCUCAAAAGAAACCUGCUCCCAAAUUCCCAUCAAAGUCACAAAGUCCUCCCCAAUCUGAACCUCAAACCGAGGUCAAUCCUGCACCAAAGUCCCAAGCAGACCUACUACCAGGAAUUGAGAUUCUGCCUCAGGGCAGGAUUGACUCUGGCCCCGUUGAGGUCCCUCCAUUGCAGGCAGUCCCCACCGCUCCUAGUCCACAGGAGAAGGGAAAGCCUCUGCCAAUCCCAGCCCCAGCUGCAGAGAAGCCUGAUAAUUACAAUCUUGGUACCCCCAAGCGGAGAGUCGAGGCCCCUCGUUCCCCGACUAGCUCCGCGGCUAUCCCGGCGGGGAGAAACACCACCUUUUCGCGCGUCAGGCCUCCUCCUCAAUUGCCUCGCAAUGGUGUCGGCUCAUUGUCCACCUCCUCCCACAGCUCCAAGAUCUCUGGGGCUCACCACCAUAAGAGCAAUGCUCUCCCUAAACCUGGAGCAUGGUCCAAAGAGAAACCCGUUCUGCGGCAAUCCGUUCCCGUCAACAAGCGGCCCAACCUGGUGGGGAUGCCGAAUGACCACGAUAAACCCAUGGACCUCAAACAAGGCGACAAGGAGUCCAUCCUGAAGCCGUUCCCUUUGGUCACGUCCAAGCCGAAGCAGGAUCGGCGACAGCAGACCACCACCACCACCACCACGCCCUUGUUAAAUAGCAGCCGCUUUGACAUCAAUGAAAAUUCCUCCAUAUUCCGUCCGCUGCCCGCGUCCGACGUGGACAUCAUGGGCAAGAAGCGCUACGUGGCCCCUCACGUCAUCUACAAGACCGAUAAGAAGCCGGACGAGCCGUGUUCGAUCACGUCCUCGCUGGCGUACUUCCCGGACGAGGAGGACGGCGCCGACCAGAACGUGACGGCCGCUCCCCGGAUCCCGCCGUCCAACCUCACCGUGGUCACGGUCGAAGGGUGCCCGUCUUUCGUCAUCCUCGACUGGCAGAAAUCCGACAACGAAACCAGAGAGUACGAGGUCGUAUCUACGGCGAAAGGACCCAACGGGGAGGAAGUGUCCAUAUCCACGACGACAAACCAGACACACACGGCGGUGGAGAAUCUCAAACCAGAAAGCAGUUACGAGUUCAAAGUGACACCAAAGAACGAGCUUGGAACGGGACCGUCCAGCGAGCCCGUGUCGUUCAACACAGAGUCAGCGGACCCUCGAGUGAGUGAAAACGUUUCAGGAAAAGACGCCAUCUGGACGCAGUUUCCAUUUAAGACAGACGCCUACUCCGAAUGCAACGGGAAGCAAUACGUGAAGAGGACGUGGUACCGAAAGUUUGUGGGCAUCCAGCUGUGCAACUCGCUGAGAUAUAAGAUCUACCUCAGCGAUUCGCUCAAUGGGAAGUUCUACAACAUCGGAGAUCAAUCAGGCCACGGCGAGGACCAUUGCCAGUUCGUGGACUCCUUCCUGGACGGGCGGACUGGGACGCAUCUGUUUGCGGACCAAUUACCAUCCAGGCUAGGUUACUUCCGAGCUCUGAGACAAGAACCGGUUAGCUUCGGUGAGAUCGGAGGCAAGUCGCACGUGACUUACGUGGGAUGGUACGAAUGCGGCACGCCAAUUCCCGGCAAGUGGUAACACCUCGAAUGCAGUCCCGGAGGAGGUCUGGAAGAAGAGUACAUUAGCAAAGGUGCCUAACCUCAGAGGGGUCGGGCUUCUUUUCCAUGUUAGCAUAAAUCAAGGCUGGGGAACCGUCCACUUCUGAGACAGUCCUCCGCACGCCAUACUAAAUUUAUCAUAAAACACGAUCAGACAAAUGUUCAUUAUUAUAUAUUAUUAGCAUUUGUUGCUCAGAUGAUUCCGUUGAGGUUUUGUUUUUCCAAAUACACGGUGGGCUGGAUUAAACGCUAUCGCGGGCUACGUGGGCCUCACGAGCUGUUAGGUUCCCACCCCCUGCCAUAGACACCGUAGAGCGGGGGAAACGUGUCUUAGGUAGGUCGCAACGAGGUAUGAAUGAGUUCAGGAAACAAAUUCCUGACGUUACUGACGUGUCAAAAUGAAUGCACGAGUGGCCAAAAUGUUGAUUAUACAGUCAUUGUUCUGAAAAUCUUUGGGAAGCUGGCUCCCAACGUGUAUGAUGCUAUUUAUCGAGGGAUGGUUACAGGAUUAUAGUGUGCGCGCUUGUACAUUCCAGAGGACAUAGAAUUGCAUGGCUAGAAACACACGCAUUGGUCAUUUGUAGACAGAAACGAGGCGCCACUCAUACGACGGUUGUACAGCUGGACAAUGUCAAAUACAAGCACAUAUGAAUGACACACGCGAGACGGACCGUUUGCCGUUCCCGAGGAAUUGCUCGCAGUUGCAGUUUGCACAGUAUUAUACUUUUGUUUAUAUAUAUAUGUAUAUGAAGUCAUUUUUUUUUUUUUUUGGGUCUACCAAGGAUAGUUUAGGUUUGUUGGAAUUUUGUUGAAGUGCAAAUUGUUGGUGGGAGGGGGAGAUAUGAUGUAGUUUUGGAAUGCAAACUUUUCUCCAAUAAUGCUAUCCCAUAAGAAAUAUAUAUAUACAUUUUGCUAACUGUACAUAGUUUUCCCCUAUUAUUUCUUAAGGAUACUUUUGCGUUGCAACAUGUAAACUGUUUUUCAGCAUUAAAUCUUGUUUUGAU